AUGCAGACUGCUUCUACAAACAUUGGUGAAAGAAUGGGUCGCUCUCAGGAGCUCAGUGCAUUCAAGCAUGGUCCCGUGAUAGGUUGCCACCUGUGCAAUAAGUCCAUCCGUGACAUUUCCUGGCUACUAAAUAUUCCACGCUCAACUGUUAGUGGGAUUAUAACAAAGUGGAAGCAACUGGGAACAACAGCAACUCAGCCACCAAGUGAGAGGGGUCAGCGCAUGCUGAAGUGCGCAGAAGUUGCCAGCUGUCUGCAGAGUCAAAAGCUGAAGACCUUCAAUCUUGGUGUGGCCUUCAGAUUAGCACAACAACAGUGCGUAGAGAGCUUCAUGGAAUGGGUUUCCAUG